AGGAAGAGUAGAGGUGGGAACCGGUUUAGCACGUAGGCGUUGUCCGUGAGAGUGAGAUUCCCCAAUCCCCCACCCCACUCGCCGGCCCACCUUCUUUGCACGCGUAUGGGAAUGAGACUUCCCAGUUCCCACUUCCUAGUAGUUCUAAACAUCACUUCAUUCCAACUUUAAACGCUGCAGAGACGAUAGGCGACGUUUCCAUCUUUCUGCUUUGGUAUUCCGGCAAAGUGCUUGAUGUUUCUUUUUUAGGAGUAAUUCUGCUCUGAUAUGCUUAAACGUGGGAAUUCCCUUCUCCUUAGACCCACAAUGAGAAAGCUACCAACAUUCCUUUCUUUUCGAUUCAUCUCCUCUGGGAAUUGUUGAUUUCUUCCUCUUUCUGAAGGCAAGCGCAGGACUGCUUGAGUUGUUAUCAAUUUGGAAGGUUUCAAUACAGGAACUGGUCCUCAAGGAAGUAGUAUGAAGUAGUAACUAGGAGCACUGAAAGGGAAGCCUCGUUGAAGUUUGUCAUUGCUAAUUUAACGGCCAUGUUAAGGAGUUCCUGACGAGAGAAAAUAAGACCAGCAAUGAAGUUCAUGAAGCUUGGGUCUCGCCCCGAUACCUUCUUUACCGCUGAGGACGUAAGGACUGUCUCAACAGAAGUCUCUAGUGAUCUCAUACUUCAAGUCAAGGAAACGAGAUAUUUGCUUCACAAGUCAUUGCAGUUUCCUCUGCUCUCCAAAUGCUUGCGUCUACAGCGGCUAUGCGCUGAAUCUCCUGAAUCCUCCCAAAACCAAAUAAUCCAACUGCCAGACUUCCCGGGUGGAGCAGAGGCCUUUGAGAUCUGUGCCAAGUUCUGCUAUGGCAUUAUCAUCACCCUUAGUGCCUAUAACAUUGUAGCUGUUAGAUGUGCUGCUGAAUACCUACAGAUGACAGAGGAUGUGGAGAAGGGAAAUCUCAUCUACAAGGUUGAAGUUUUCUUCAAUUCCUGCAUCCUCCGUGGGUGGAAGGACUCGUUAGUAACACUACAGAGUACAAAGUCCUUUCCUUUAUGGUCAGAAGACCUUGGCAUCACGAACCGAACCAUAGAUGCCAUUGCCUUAAAAAUCCUAAGCCAUCCCUCCAAGGCAAAUUUGUCGCACAGCUACUCCAGGAGAUGCAGAGAUGAUGUUUCAUGCAACGGAACAGAGAUCCAGCGACAUAAACCUGCAUCGAAGGGGUGGUGGGCCGAGGAUAUUGCAGAAUUGGGUAUAGACCUCUAUUGGAGAACCAUGGCCGCAAUUAAAUCCGGUGGAAAGUUACCGUCUAAUCUCAUAGGCGAGGCAUUGCAGAUUUAUGCUUCUCGAUGGCUACCCAGCAUGUCUAAAGAUGGGAUUGCUUCCAGUAAGCAUGAUAUUCCUGAUUCUUUUCCUGAUUCGGUGGGAGAGGUAACAACAAAGUACCGCUUGCUUUUGGAAUCGAUUGUAAGCUUACUUCCAUUGGAGAGAGAUGCUGUUUCUUGCAGUUUCUUGCUUAAGCUCUUGAAGGCUGCAAGCAUACUCCGUGCUUCCUCUUCUUCAAAAAUGGAACUGGCCAGAAGAGUGGGAAUCCAGUUGGAGGAAGCGACAGUCUGUGAUCUGCUGAUACCAUCUCUGUCAUACACAAGUGACACAUUAUACGAUGUCGAUAUAGUCAUAGCCAUACUGGAGCAGUUCAUGUUGCAAGGACAGAGUCCCCCAACAAGCCCUCCAAGAGACAAGGCAGUUUUUGAGAGGAGAAGAUCACGAUCUGCGGAGAACAUUGAUUUUGGGUUCCAGGAGAGUAGGAGGUCCUCUUCAGCAUCACAUAGCUCAAAACUAAAGGUGGCGAAACUCAUUGACAGGUAUCUUCAGGAGGUUGCUCGGGAUGUGAAUCUGUCUCUGUCCAAGAUGAUUGAACUUGCUGAGGCCAUACCAGAUUUUGCAAGGCCUGAUCAUGAUGAUCUAUACAGAGCUAUUGAUAUUUUCCUCAAGGCACACCCAGACCUUACAAAGAGUGACCGUAAACGCCUGUGCCGAAUCCUUGACUGCAAAAAGCUAUCCAUGGAAGCAUGCAUGCAUGCAGCACAAAAUGAGCUACUUCCACUGAGGGUUGUCGUGCAAGUUCUAUUCUUUGAACAGGCAAGAACCACCUUGGCCGGUGGGAAAGUGACUGAACUCCCUAAAAACAUCAAGGCACUUCUUACCCUGCAUGAAAAUGAUCCAGACCAAAGGCAUCUACGAUCAUUACACACCACUGAAACCAGCCCUGUGGAUGAUGAGUGGAGUAUCUCUGGCCUCAAAUUACCAAAGUCAAAGCUGUCAACUCUAAGAAUGAAGCUGGAUGAAGAUGACAAUGAAAUGGAUGACAAUGUCAGUCACCAGGAAGGAAUCGUCAAGACCUCUAGGCUUAAGGCUUUCUGCUCCCUUCCAACUAGACCCAAGAGAAUGUUCAGUAAAUUGUGGCCAAAAUGAAGAGAGCUGCAGGUGAAAGACAUUGAUUAUAUUUUGUUUAUUUCCAAGGUUAGGGAAUGGUAAUGCAGAAAGGUGAGCACAUGUCUCCUGUUCCUUUCUCUUUUCUUGCCCAACACAAGAAAAUUAUAGGAAGCAAAUCAUUUUGCAUCUAUGAUGUAUUUUAUUCUAAUAAGAAGCUAGAUGUUUAGGAGAUGGGAGGAAAAUUUCUUCAAAUAUCUCAAAUUGUGAAGCUGCCUGGGACCCCAGAUUUGUAAAUGAUCAAAUGUGGGACAUAAAUUGUUAAUUUUGAAUGUAAAAUCGUAAUGUCUCUCUAAUCAUUGGUUAUUACUUACUAAGACCCCAUUUGUUAUAUCAAAUUCAACCAUGGUCUUGUUCUUGCAUUUGAUUUGUGGACAAUAGUGAUUACCCCAAGCUUGCUAGAAGAAUCAAUUAUUAUCAUACUGAUAAGUGAUAAAUAAGGUGAGAUUGAUGUAUUA